AAGUGCUGCACCUAGGGAGGAAAAAUGUCCAGCAUACCUACAGCCUAGGGAAUGACCUGCUGGGUGGCACGGAAGUCAAAAGGGAUCUUGGAGUCCUAGUGGACUCCAAGAUGAACAUGAGUCGGCAGUGUGACAAAGCCAUCAGAAAAGCCAAUGGCACUUUAUCCUGCAUCAGCACAUGCAUGACGAGUAGAUCCAAGGAGGUGAUACUUCCCCCCUAUCGGGCGCUGGUCAGACCGCAGUUGGAGUACUGUGUGCAAUUCUGGGCGCCGCACUUCAAGAAGGAUGCAGAUAACCUGGAGAGGGUCCAGAGAAGGGCCACUCGUAUGGUUAAGGGCCUGCAGACCAAGCCCUACGAGGAGAGACUAGAGAACCUGGACCUUUUCAGCCUCCGCAAGAGAAGGUUGAGAGGCGACCUUGUGGCUGCCUAUAAGUUCAUCACGGGGGCACAGAAGGGAAUUGGUGAGUUUUUAUUCACCAGGGCGCCUCCGGGGCUUACAAGAAAUAAUGACCACAAGCUAGCAGAGAGCAGAUUUAGACUAGACAUUAGGAAGAACUUCUUCACAGUUCGAGUGGCCAAAGUCUGGAAUGGGCUCCCAAGGGAGGUGGUGCUCUCCCCUACCCUGGGGGUCUUCAAGAGGAGGUUAGAUAAGCAUCUAGCUGGGGUCAUCUAGACCCAACACUCUUUCCUGCCUAUGCAUGGGGUCAGACUCGAUGAUCUAUUGAGGUCACUUCCGACCCUAACAUCUAUGAAUCUAUGAGGCUAUGAAACCAGAGCUCCCCAAGGGAUGACAAGGUUGAAUGGUCACAAACUCCUCCAUGACCGUUUCAGGCUGGACAUAAGGAAGAACUUCUUUACUGUCCCAGUCCCCAAGGUUUGGAAUAGACUGUCACUGGAGGUGGUUCAAGCGCCUACCUUGAACGCCUUCAAGAGACAUUUGGAUAGUUAUUGUCGCAGGGCACCCCGGUGCCUGCUCCUAGAGAGGAGAAACUGCCAGGGAGAGAGCCCUGGCAGAGCCAAUUGAGCACAGCUGCGGGUUGCCAGAGCAACUAAGGGGAGUCAGCUGGCCAGAAGGGGGCAGGGCCUGGCCCUUAUGAAGCCCAGGGCCUAAGCCAGGCUGGCAGUUCUCUGCCAGUAGCCAGAGAGGCAGGAGCUCCCUCAGCUGAGAUAUGGGAAGGAGCCUGAGUUGCAAGUACAGCUCAUGAUAGCCCUGGAGGCUUGAGCUAUGAUACUGAGGUAUGGCCAUGUGGCUUGUGGUUAUGUUACAGCCUAGGGGCUUGUGGUUUUGUGUUGUGUUUGUGUUAUUACACCCGGAGGCUUGGGCAAGGCUGUAGGGGUUGGAGGAGGCCUCAAUUAUAGGGACCCCAGAGAGUGUGGGGUGCCAUAGCGCCAAGAGGGCGCAUUAUUUGCAUAGCGCCAGGGAAGGCGCAGCUCGCAUGCCAGUGCCUGAGCAACUGGCGGCGAGGAGCGCGGCCAGUGGGUUGCGGGCGCAACCCGUAGGUUGCGGACGGGGACCUAGACCCCUGAUUGCGUGUGGGGGAACAUAGACCCCGGCCCCAGGAAAGGGGUGGUAUUAUUGAGUAGCCCAGUGUGGGCACGGCGAACCCCAAAGGGGGGGGGGAGCGCCACUACUGAGGAGCCCUAGAGGGGCCAUAUCAAGGAGCCUGAGAUGGGCAUAGCGAGCCUGGCCGCAGGCUAGUGCGGUAACACCCCUCAGACUGAGGCAGGGCGCUGCGGUUGCCCCGAGAAGACAGGGAGUAGCAGCGCGGUGAGCCAGGGUCAGAGAGGGUGCCCGUGCGGUUGGCCCAUAGGACCGGAGGCCCGCUAGGGAGUCCCUGAGCGAGACUGUACCAUCAGGGGAGGCCCAGCGGGAGGCUGGGCAUGAGAGAGACAGACCCAACAACGUCUAUUACAUCUGCGAGGCUUGGGGCGUGGUAUCAGGGGAGGUAGGAGCCACGCAUAGCCCAUAAGGCUGGGGUGCUUGGGUAGCGCCCAUCACACGGGGAGACCCACGAGGGGUCCAGGAGCUUACGUGCCCGAGGAAACACAAGGCAGCCUCCCUAUUAUAUAUUCUAUCAAGACGUGGCGGGCGAGAAUGGAGGGUGCCCUCGGGCCGAAGUAGCGUGGUGAGAGGGCCUCAGGGAGAUCACGGCCCUCCGCGAGGACCCUGCCAUGAGAACUGGUGCAUUGGCCGGGAAGCGGCCGUGCACAGGGAAAGAACCCGUGACCCUGAAAAGGGAAAAGAACCUUAGGGCUAGAACGGAUCUGCAGAGACAGACGGGGCAGUAGGAUUGAGGGGCCUGGGAGGAUAAGCCCAGGUCAAGUACAAGACUGCCAGUCAGAAUUGUAGAUAGAAAGACGUUGGGUUAGGUCUAGAGGAAAAAAAAAAAGGCUUAGCUAUGGCAGGAAUAGUAGCUCUAGAAGACAGGUGGCAAGAAGCUUUCACCUGGCAGUUGCGCGUGGAUGAGGCAGAGGAAAAGGCUGCCCGUCUAGAGCUGGAUUUAGAGAUAAUGAGAGCACAGAAGGAACAAGCCGAGGCAAAGGUGGCCGCUUUAGAGUUGCGGGUGCAACCCGGGAAGAAAGAAGGCGGUUCCAAAGAGAUAAGGCACCUGAUGGCAUCAGGAGCAGAAAAGACUCGAGCAUUAGAACGGCUCGUGGCAGAGGAGGCCAGAAAGAGCAGACAGUGAGUGGAGCAGCUGCGAGAGAUGCAGGAGGAGUUGGCUGAAGAGGAGGAAGCCCCCAGAACCUGAUGGAAACCAGACAGGAGAACAAAAGGAGGUAAUGCAAAAGCUUGAAAUAUCUAAAAGCCUUAUAGCAACCCUCCAGAAAGAGGUCCACAGUCAGGUGGAACAGAUGGAAAGCCUGGAAGAGAGCCGGGGGCUCUGGCGAGAGAGAUGCAACCAGGCAGAACACAUGGCUGAAGAGCUUAGAAAGAAGCUGACAGAGAAUCACGCCCAGGUAGAAGAAACCAGGAAGGUGAUAAUAAGAGAAAUGGAGAGGGUGAAAGAAUAUAUGGCCAGUCAGGAGGCUUUAGAAGCACAGAAGCAGUCCCUUGAGGCUGAGAUGAAAGCCAAAACAGAGGAGCAUAUAAAGCUGCAGGCCGAGUGUCAAAGGGGAGAGAAAGAAUUAGAGGCCAAGGUGAGAGAGACUGAAGAGUUGUGGGCCCAGUUGGAAAAAGGGGCAGUGGAAAAGGACCUCUGUGAAGAACAGAUACGGGCCCUCAAAACCCACCUGGAGGACAAAGCAGCAGAGCACAUGAAGCUGCAGUCUCAGCUGCAGACCGCAGAAGCAGAAAAUGACUACCUGGAAGACCAGGUACAGCGCCUUAAAGCCCUUCUAGAAGAGAGUGCGGCUAAAGAGGCAGCAACCGACACUGAGAGGGAGCAGCUACGGCAGCAGAUGCAAACCUUGAGACGGCAGGUACAGGCCUUAGAGGAACAGAUUAAAACGUUCCAGGAACAGAGACAGUCCUUGCUAAUGGAGGUGGGAGCCGGCACCAAGGAGGGUGUAGAAUUGCGAGCUCGAUUGCAAGAAGCAGAAAAGGACCACGACCAAAAGGGGGAAGAGAUCCAGUCCCUAAAGACUCUGUUAAAAGAAAGCACAGCCAGGGAACUGGCAUUGCAAGAGAGGGUGGUACAACAGCCCGUACAGACCUCUCAGAUACCUUGCAGAAGACUAGCCAUAAUAAGCAGUCAGUUGGAGGGACAUGCCUCCAGGGUCAAGGCAGGAUAUGAGGAGCACCUCCAGGAGCUUAAAGGCCUGAAAGAGGUGUUAGUAGAUGCAGAGAAAAUGCUAAAAGCGGUGUAGCCCAUGCUCCUGAAAGAGGAAAAGAGUCAGGAGCCACCUAGAACGGAAAGUUUACAGAUCCUUAGAGAAGGAAAGGAACUUGAGCAGCAAGAAAAGAAUGCAAAGGGGGAGGUACUCUUAGGGGUGAACCCCAUGAAGUUGAAAGAAGAGAUCACCACUGCAGUUAUGGAGGGUCUCAAUCAGAGAUGGAGUCAGUAGGUGGUCCAAUACACUACUGAAAUGAGUGACCUCCGGGAAAAGCUGGGAAAAGUUGCUAGUGGGGGUGAUGCUGCAAGAUUGGCAGCCCUAAAACAAAAGCAACAGAAGAAACUAGACCAGGGGCCGGAGACAGCUCAGAUUCAGGUGUAUAGCAGACAAGGGGCGGCUGCUAUAGGGGAGAAGGCGAUAGAAUCUCCUGGUGAGAGAAGAGUCCAGAGGCCUGAAGAGGACCAGAGAAACCGAAACCCCAAGGAAGCUAAGGGGGGAGGAGAGGUGCAUCCCAAGCUCUACCCUAGAGCGGAGCUACCCAGCUCUGUGAAGCAAAAGGAACCGUGUCAAACCCAGACGGCAGGUCCAACUAAAAAGGUAGAAGGUCCAGCUAUGACUAAAGCAACUCGGGGGGAGACAAGACAAAGGAGAGAAAGACGACCUUAUGUUUAUAUUAAUAAUCUCCCACGGCAAGUCAGGUGGAGGACCCUAAGGAAAAUAGUAGAGACCAGAGUCGGAGAGGUAGCUUGGGUGAAAAUAUAUACAGGGCCCGGCGGAAGACUGACUGGCCAAGGGAAAAUAGAGUUUUGGAGGAUGGAAGAUGCCUGGCAUGCACUUAGGGUGCAGUGGGAGCUUUGGGGAAAGCUCCAGGAUUGGCAGGAAGCCAAGGAAAGGAGGGAGGUAUGGAAUCACACAUGGAAAAGAGAAGACUUGGGACACAGACGGAGGAAAAGGGGCGAGACACCCCAUGUAGCAGGAAACCGCUCUCCCAGCAAGAGAGAAGGGGUUUUGGCUCCACAGGGUAAAAGCGGUAAUAGAGAAUGAGAGAGAGGCCUGAGUAGCACCCUACCAGGGACAAGCUAGUGUGGGGGGACUACCUUUGGCAGGGUAACUCCCGGAAAAUCCCACGCGGUGCACCCUGGGGAAAAGGCGAGCAGGGGGCGCCUUAAAACCUCCGCCACUUAUAAGAGAGACGCCGGGUGCGGGAAGAGAGGCCGAGAAGAGCCGCCGAGGCCAACUGGAUUCGAAUGAAUGAAGAUCUUCCUCGGUGAGUUCGAUCUUAAGGGGGGAGGUGUGUUGCAGGGCACCCCGGUGCCUGCUCCUAGAGAGGAGAAACUGCCAGGGAGAGAGCCAAUUGAGCACAGCUGCGGGUUGCCGGAGCAACUAAGGGGAGUCAGCUGGCCAGAAGGGGGCAGGGCCUGGCCCUUAUGAAGCCCAGGGCCGAAGCCAGGCUGGCAGUUCUCUGCCAGUAGCCAGAGAGGCAGGAGCUCCCUCAGCUGAGAUAUGGGAAGGAGCCUGAGUUGCAAGUACAGCUCAUGAUAGCCCUGGAGGCUUGAGCUAUGAUACUGAGGUAUGGCCAUGUGGCUUGUGGUUAUGUGUUGUGUUUGUGUUAUUAUACCCGGAGGCUUGGGCGAGGCUGUAGGGGUUGGAGGAGGCCUCAAUUAUAGGGACCCCAGAGAGUGUGGGGUGCCAUAGCGCCAAGAGGGCGCAUUAUUUGCAUAGCGCCAGGGAAGGCGCAGCUCGCACGCCAGUGCCUGAGCAACUGGCGGCGAGGAGCACGGCCAGUGGGUCGCGGGCGCAACCUGUAGGUUGCGGACGGGGACCUAGACCCCCGGAUUGCGUGUGGGGGGAACAUAGACCCCGGCCCCAGGAAAGGGGUGGUAUUAUUGAGUAGCCCAGUGUGGGCACGGUGAACCCCAAAGAGGGGGGAGAGCGCCAUUACUGAGGAGCACUAGAGGGGCCAUAUCAAGGAGCCCGAGAUGGGUAUAGCGAGCCCGGCCGCAGGCUAGUGCGGUAACACCGUCAGACUGAGGCAGGGCGCUGCGGUUGCCCCGAGAAGACGGGGAGUAGCAGCGCGGUGAGCCAGGGUCAGAGAGGGUGCCUGUGCGGUUGGCCCAUAGGACCGGAGGCCCGCUAGGGAGUCCCUGAGCGAGACUGUACCAUCAGGGGAGGCCCAGCGGGAGGCUGGGCACAAGAGAGACAGACCCAACAACGUCUAUUACAUCUGCGAGGCUUGGGGCGUGGUAUCAGGGGAGGUAGGAGCCAUGCAUAGCCCAUAAGGCUGGGGUGCUUGGGUAGCGCCCAUCACACGGGGAGACCCACGAGGGGUCCAGGAGCUUACGUGCCCGAGGAAACACAAGGCAGCCUCCCUAUUAUAUAUUCCAUCAAGACGUGGCGGGCGAGAAUGGAGGGUGCCCUCGAGCUGAAGUAGCGCGGUGAGAGGGUCUCAAGGAGAUCACGGCCCUCCGCGAGGACCCCGCUGUGACAGUUAUCUUGCUGGGAUCCUAUGAUCCCUGUUGACUUCCUGCCCCUGGGGCAGGGGACUGGACUCGAUGAUCUUCUGAGGUCCCUUCCAGCCCUAGCAUCUAUGAAUCUACUAUACUUUGCUGUAAAUAUUGGUAUCUGAGGAGACAUGAUGGGUAAUAUUGAUUAUAGGCAGGAAAGGUUCUAUGGAUAGGUGUGAUAUCUUUUAUUAGACCAACUAAAUAGUUGAAAAAAAGUUAUUUGUAAGCUUUUGGGUGCAAUCACCCUUCUUCAGGCAUAGGGAGUCUUUGCUGUUCUGAGUUUUAGGCUCCCUGUGCCUAAAGACAUAUAGAUUCCUUAAGUGUUUAUACACAUGCAACAAGGGUGCUUUAACUUUAGUGCUUUAUUUAAAGUGCUUUAGGUUAAUGUGCUUUAAAAAUGAAUACACAUGUUGUGGCUCCACGUGAGUUUCAUGCCUUGCUGCAGUUCUGUGGAGUUAAGUGGCAGGGGAUGCCAGACACUGCAUAAUCUAAUUGCACUGUUGCAAGUGAGUGAAUGAAUGAAUGGUGCAUGCCAUCACCUUUGUUAUAAACAAAAAGUAAAGGAAUAGAAUAAAAA